GGGGGUGGGUCUAAGGGCUUCGAAGUGGCAAAUUCAAACUGAACAUGGCGGCUGAGAAAGAUAAUGAAGGAAAACAGAACAGAAGGGGAACAGUAUGUAACAUAGUCAUUAGCCAGGAGAUGCCUCAGAGCCAGCCGGUUAUCUUCAACCCUGAUUUCUUCGUGGAGAAACUGCGGCAUGAGAAGCCGCAGGUUUUCAGUGAGCUCUUGCUGAGUAACAUAAGCAGGCUCAUUGAUUUACCUGGAGCAGAGUUUGCACAGCUCCAGGGAGAAGCAGACCUCAAGAUCCCAGCUUCCACAGGCUUCCUGCGCCUCCCCAACUUCCUGAAGCGUAAAGAGAAAGGAGUGAUAUUUGGUGCACCAUUAACUGAGGAGGGCAUUGCUCAAAUUUACCAGCUUAUAGAGUACCUUGGAAAAAACCUGCAUGUGGAGGGCCUGUUCCGGGUGCCAGGAAACAGCAUCAGACAGCAGGCGCUGAGGGAGAUACUCAACAGUGGUGCAGAUGUCGACCUGGACACAGGGGAUUACCACCCGCACGACGUGGCCACACUGCUAAAGGCCUUCCUGGGGGAGCUGCCUGAGCCUCUGCUGACUCAUCGCCAUUAUCAUGCACAUCUCAAAAUAGCCGAGAUUACGCUGUUCGACGAGAGAGGCAACAAGACGUCCAUGCCGAACAAGGAGCGCCAGCUCGAAGCGCUGCAACUUCUCUUCAUGCUGCUGCCUUCCGCCAACCGCAGCCUCCUCAAACUGCUGUUGGACCUGCUCUAUCAGACCGCCAAGCAUCAAGACAAAAACAAAAUGUCCGCCUUCAACCUAGCGCUCAUGUUUGCCCCCCAUAUUAUCUGGCCCAAAAAUGUGACUGCAAAUGAUCUGCAAGACAAUCUGAAUAAGCUGAACACCGGCAUUGCGUUUCUUAUUAAGCACUCGCAGAAGCUGUUCCGGGCACCAACGUACAUCAAAGAUCACGCACGGAUGCUGUUCGCUGGCUCAGAAACUCCUCAAUCAAAGGAUGACCUGGAGCUGUGCACUGGAGCUGGUGUUCGAGGCCUGGCCUCCAAGAGAAGCAGUGAAGAGGAUGGCAGCAGUAGCCAGCAACACACACAGGAUGCUCUGCGUGAGCUUUUCCAGCAUGUCAGCAACAUGCCUGAAUCGACAAAGAAGAAGAAACUCAUUCGACAGUUCAACAAGCAGGGUACUCCGGUACGUGAAAGCCCAAGACCUUCAAACCAAAAACAUGGUCGCUCCCGGUCAUUCGGAGGCCUCAUCAAGAGAAAAGUUUUGGGGACUCAAGUUACGAAUGAGCGAGCUGGAUCUGGGAUGAGCCAAACCACAGAGAUGGUGAACAAGGAAAAUGGUUCUACAUCUAUCAAAAUGACUCCAGCACAGCACUCGAGUUUAAGCCUGUGAUUUUUUUUCUUUUUUUUUUUUUGGUAUGUGUGUGUCGAUUAAUUUAGGAUCAAGUUUAGGUCGUAUUUAUUUGGGCUCAAUUAACAAAUGUGACCUCCAACUUGUUAACUAUGCAAGCAAGAUGAAUUUCCAAACUAAUGGAUUACUUGUUGUUGUUUUUUACCAGUUUCAAAUUUUCUGAAUUAUUCAUCGGUUUGUGAAAGAUAUUUAUAAAAAAUAAAUUAAAAAAAAAAGUUAAAAUUGUCCCAAGCAUGUAGCAUCUACUCAGAAAGGUCAGGAAUGGAAUGUGUGUUCAGGAAGGUCAAGUAUGUAGCAUGUAUUGCGAGAGUUUCUGUUCUUUACUUUAAAUUACUUUGGAGUUGUGUAAUUUGGCCUCCACUGGAUUUGAAUAUACAGCCAGAGUGUCCAGGGUACUAUAUUGCAGGUAUGUGAAUCUAGCAUGCCUCCAUAUCCAGUACAUCAAAAAUAACACAUUACCAUACUAAAUAGUGGUUGCAUCCUAUUUUGACAUACUACUUAGUAUGGAUAUACAGAGUUUGGGAUGUAAUUGUGCUCUUCGUUUGAAUCUUGGAGGCAACACAGAGCUGUUACAAUGAACUGUUUGAUAUGCGAGAGAGUUUUUAAAGUCUGAUACUGAAAAAUGUACUUUGGGGAGGAAAAAGGAACAUGAAUGGUGAUUUGUUUCUGUAUCUCUGUGAUCAGAAUGUGUUCUCGUUUACGCUUACUGAUAUUCAACUUAUUUAGAGGCUUGUAGUUUUUUUUUUUUUUUAAACCCCCCCGGUUUUAAAAUAUUUUUAUGCUAUGAAAAAUUGACACUGGGGUUUCCUGAUGGCUCCUUCCGAAGCACACUGUAUAUAAAAGUACCCCAACCUCAGCUUUAUGGAACAAGGAUAUACAUCCAAGGUAGCUGUUUACAAAGGCCGUCAUUUAAAAAGCCCACUUGUCUUUAUCAUUGAGUGAUUUUGGUAUAGAUUUCAACAGCAAAAUGGACUCUUGACUUUUUCAGUUUGGACACAUUUAUGAUAUCUGUAUACACCGAUCAGCCAUAAAAUUAAAAUCACUGACAGUUGAAGUGAAUGUAAUGAGAUCAUCAGUGUUAAUGGCACCUGUCAAUGGGUGGGAUAUAUUAGGCAGCAAGUGAAGUCAGUUCUUGAAGUUGGUGUGUUGGAAGCAGGAAAGAUGGGCAAGCGUAAGGAUCUGAGCAACUUUGACGAGGGCCAUGUUGUGAUGACUGGGUGUCAAAAGCUCACUGAUUGGCAUUGGGGCACGAAGGCAAGCCCAUAUGAUCCAAUCCGACUGUAGCACAAACUGCUGAAAAAGUUAAUGCUGACAACUUAAUGCUUUAGCCAGCAUUAACUUUUUCAGCAGUUUGUGCUACAGUAGUUCUUCUGUGGGAUUGGAGCAUAUAGGCUAGCCUUCGUGCCCCAUGCCAAUCAAUGAGCCUUCGACGCCCAUGACCCUGUCGCCGUUUCACUGGUUGUCCUUCCUUGGACCAUUUUUGGUAGGUACUAACCCCUGCAGACCAGGAACGCCCCACAAGAUGUGCCGUUUUAGAGAUGCUCAGACCCAGUCAUCUAGCCAUCACAGUGUGGCCCUUGUCAAAGUCAGUCAUCCUUAAGCUUGCCCAUUUUUCCUGCUUCCAACACAUCAACUUCAAGAACUGACUGUUCUCCUGAUGUCUAAUAUAUCCCACCCCUUGACAGGUGCCAUUGUAAUAAGAGAAUCGAUUUAAUUUGAUGAUCAAUGCAGUUCCCUUUACCAGGCAGUGUGUUUAAUUUUAUGGCUGAUUGAUGUACAGUAUCAGCCAAAAGUUUGGGGGGGGGACACUUACUCAUUACUGUGAAAGUGUGUCCAAACUUUUGACUGGUACUAUAUUUUCUCCGCUGACGUUUUAAAUGUGAAUAAGCAUGAGCCAGAACUUUUUUUUUUUUAAAUGUAGUUCUUAUUUCAGAUGUUUCUUGACAGUCUUGUAUUGUGAACUUUUGAUUCUCUUAAACUACUGUCUGUUUUUUUUUCCUUUAAGGAUUUAACCACUGCUUAAUUUGAGAUCGCUUUUAAGUUAUUUCUUAUAUUUUUAUAUGUGAAUGUGCUUUGUUUCAUGUUGCAUCUCAAUGGAUUUGUGCCUUUUUUUUUUUUUUUUUUUUUAACAAGGUGAUCUUGCAUUGUUCACAUUACCUCCAGCUUUGCCAGUUGUUAUUAAAACUAGCAUGGUGUUUCAGCCUAUGUAUGUGGAUCAAUGUUAUCCUAUAUCGGUUUAAAGUCAUAGCUGUAUUGUACAGUGCUUUCAGCUUUUGACAUUAAAUCAAA